AUGAAGUUCUCCCGCCUUGCGAUUCUCAGCGCUGCAUCGCUCUCCGUGGCCCAACCUCACAACCAUGUCCACAAGCACCCAGCUCGACAUGGGUCUCCUCUCGAAGGGCGCGAUCUCGCCACUACGACCACCGUUCCGGGACCAACCGUCACCGUGUACGAGCUGAAUGGAGAUUUCAUUCCCUGGAAUGAGGUUGAGGCUGGCAUGAAGUCUGGAAAGUAUGUCCUUGUGGGAGACAAGAUUACGACUGCCAUCACACCUACCUCGACCUCUACCUCUACCACUCCAACUUCCACCCCGAUUCCUACCACCUCGUCAAACCCGGCCGCAAAGUUCUUGGAGCAGAAGGCCAGCACCAGUACUACUCCAACCUCAACUUACGUAGCACCAAAGGCUUCGGCCACCCCAGAACCUACACCAGCAAAGGCACCGUCAGUUGCCCAAGCCGCCUCUGAUAGCAGCUCUUCUAGCAAGGGUGCCACCGGUGUCAAUGCCAAAUUUCCCAAUGGCGAGAUUGAUUGUGAUGAUUUUGAUGCUUUGACCAAGUACGGAGCCGUCGCUGCAGACUGGCUUGGACUUGGCGGAUAUCUUGGUGUACAGAUCACUCCCUCAUACAGCAUUGGUGAGGCUGCUAUCAGCUACAUCGAGACUGCAAUCUCUGGAGGUGGUUGCGUCAAGAACUCCUUCUGCUCAUACGCCUGCCCACCUGGCUACCAGAAGGCCCAAUGGCCCGCAGCUCAAGGAAACACCGGCCAAUCUAUUGGAGGUAUCUACUGUAACGCCAAGGGAAAGCUUGAACUCACCCGUGAUGGCUACAACACCCUCUGCAUGGCUGGUGUCGGUGGAGUUAAGGCUCAGAACAAGCUCUCAAAGAACGUUGCUGUUUGCCGUACUGACUACCCUGGUACUGAGAGCGAGACUGACUUCACAAAUGUCAGCCCCGGCGCUACUGUUGAUAUCACUUGUCCUGAUUCCAAGACCUCUUAUGUCUGGCAAGGAAUGGCUACCACCGCGCAAUACUAUAUCAACCCUUCAGGCGUCGGUGUCGAGAAAGGCUGCCAAUGGGGAACCCCAGGUUCUAAUAUCGGUAACUUCGCUCCCGUCAACGUCGGUGUCGGUCGAGGAAGCACUGGUGAGACUUUCAUCUCCAUCUUCCCCAACAAGCCAACCAACCCCGAUGGUGUCCUCGAUUUCAACAUCAAGAUCACAGGCGGUGUCAGCGGCAAGUGUUCUUACGAGGGUGGAACUGGCAAGUACUACAAUAACGGAGUUGAAUCGCCAACUGGAUGCACUGUAAGUUAUACCCUUGAUCCCUGCCUCACACACUCUAAAAAAAAUAGGUUGCUGUCUCGGGUACAGCCGUUUUUGAGUUCUACUAGGCGCUUAAGCUUUCAAUUUCCUUGA